AUGGCCAAAUUAGCUAUCCUAGUUGGAUGCUGCUAUCCAGAUGAUCCUGACAGACUAGAAGGCUGCUAUAAUGAUGUGGAAACAAUGAAAGAACUGCUGACAACUAGGUGUGGGUUUCCGCCCAAGAAUGUGGUGGUUCUCACAGAUAAGCUUGACUCCCCUUUGCGACCCACAGGUGGUAUUAUAAGGAGCGCGAUUGAUUGGAUGAUUGAGCAAGCCAAGGCCGGUGACGUUUUGUUGUUCUAUUUCGCCGGCCAUGGAAAGUUCGAUGAUUUCGGGAAGGGCUGGGGCUGCAUAAGGGAAGAAUUUAUUGUCCCGUGUGACAGGAAUCUCAUUUACAGCGUGGACUUUCGAGCAAUGGUAAAUCGCAUACCACAAGGUGCUCACUUGACUAUAAUAGCAGACUCCUGCAACAGUGGGGGGCUAAUUGAAAUGUUGAAGGAGCAAGUUGGACCUGGCUUUCCUCCACAUGUUUGCUAUACCCCAAGGGCUUACGACUACAGCCCACUUUACAAACCCAGACUAAUGCCCAUGACGGCAAUUGUGCGGUAUUUGGAAUCUAGGAGUGGCUUAAACAGUCCAGACAUUGGCAGACACUUGAGGCACAUUUAUGGAAACGAUGUCAGCAUCAAGUUCCGGGGGCAAGCUGAUCACCAUGCCCAAGUUAAUGCUUCACACCAGCCCGUUGAUCAGUUAGACGACAAAGGCAUUCUUAUCAGUGCAUGCCAGUUCGAUGAGUCAUCGUUAGAUAUUCGGGGUGUUCGUCGUCCUCAUGGUGUGUUUACUGCUGUACUUUCUGAAUCGGUGAAAGAGGAACCUGGUCCGAUCAGCUAUAAAUUGCUCGUCGAGAAAUGUAGAGCUAAAAUAGAAUUGUUCGCCGAGAAAUAUAGAGCUAAAAUAGAACGCCCCCCGCAUCCAUGUCUCUACUGCUCUGACGAGAAUGUUAAUGCACCUUUCCUGCAGAAUCGCUGA